CAUGGCAGGCGGAGUGGGGGGAGCGCGGGGAAUGGGUGACCUCGGACCGAUUCACGGCGCACGGGACAGGGCGAGGGUGCCGGCGUCCCCAGAACGCCGGGGACGAACCGCGAGGGAAGGCCCAGCUGCUGAGCCCUCCGGGGCAGGGGUCUGACAUCUGGACGGAGUGGGAAAACAGCAUCCUGCCCUUGGGGAGUCGGGAGGAGCCCAGUCCCAUCCAGCUGUGCAAACAGGAGGAGGAGGUCCCAAGCCUACCCUUGGGAGAGGGGCGAGAGGGGUGGUAAAGCCACCGCCGCCGCGCCGGCCCCCGCGGUGCGGGUUGCGCCAGCCUCCCCGGAGCCCGACGCAGAAACUUGUUGCAAACAAACAGGCGACCGCGGGUGCCCCUAGCAGCCAGCGGCGGAGUGGGUGGGCGGGCGAGAGGGAGGGGAAGGCUGGCGGACGCCGCAGCGAACUGGUGGGCAGACCCGGAGUCGCCGCGUAAGCGGGGCCGGCUCAGUGCGGUGCGGCAGGCGCGGCUGUGCGGCAGCGGAAGUCCUUUGUUGCAGCACAGUCCCUGGCAGAGCCAGAACCUCUCCGCGCAGCCCAGCCCGAACGCCGCGCGCCGCCGCCACUGCAGCUCGCGGCUCCUUCGCCUCCGCCCGCCUUUCCCGUGGCUGAUUUGCCUUAAACUCCCUAAAACCUCCGCAGCCCCGGUUCCUGCUGCGGCCGGUGCUUUUCUAAGGAUAUCUGUCUGACUGGACUGUGUUGUCUUGCGUAGGUCUCUACUUAAUCGAAGAUGGCCAAGCCCAGCCACAGCAGCUACGUCCUUCAGCAGCUGAACAACCAGAGGGAGUGGGGUUUCCUCUGUGACUGCUGCAUCGCGAUUGAUGACAUUUACUUCCAAGCGCACAAAGCGGUUCUGGCCGCCUGCAGCUCCUAUUUUAGAAUGUUUUUCAUGAACCAUCAGCACAGUACUGCACAGCUGAAUCUCAGCAACAUGAAGAUUAGUGCCGAGUGUUUUGAUCUCAUUCUGCAAUUUAUGUAUUUAGGAAAAAUCAUGACCGCUCCCUCCAGUUUUGAGCAGUUUAAAGUGGCAAUGAACUACUUACAGCUGUACAAUGUUCCCGACUGCUUAGAAGACAUACAGGAUGCAGAUUGUUCUAGUUCCAAAUGUUCAUCUUCUGCGUCUAGCAAACAGAACAGCAAAAUGAUAUUUGGGGUAAGAAUGUAUGAAGACACAGUGGCUAGAAAUGGCAGUGAGGCCAGUAGGUGGUGUGCAGAGCCCAGUUCAACAGUCAAUACGCCACACAACAGAGAGCCUGAUGAAGAGUCUUUACAGUUAGGGAAUUUUCCGGAACCACUGUUUGAUGUCUGUAAAAAAAGUUCCGUGUCCAAAUUAUCCACUCCGAAAGAACGCGUGUCACGACGCUUUGGCCGGAGUUUUACCUGUGAUAGCUGUGGAUUUGGCUUUAGCUGUGAAAAGCUAUUAGAUGAGCAUGUGCUAACCUGUACUAACAGACAUUCGUACCAAAACACAAGAUCCUACCACAGAAUAGUAGACCUUAGAGAUGGAAAAGACAGUAAUAUCAAAGCCGAAUUUGGCGAGAAGGAUUCUUCUAAGACAUUUUCUGCGCAGACAGACAAAUACAGAGGAGACCCGAGCCAGGCGGCUGAGGAUUCGACGUCAACCCCUGGAAGCAGAAAAAGUAGCAUGGUGGAGUCCGAGCUAGCCAGCGAGGAAAAGAGCAGAGCUGCCGAAAGGAAAAGAAUCAUUAUCAAGAUGGAGCCAGAAGAUAUUCCGACAGACGAACUGAAAGACUUUAACAUUAUUAAAGUUACUGAUAAAGACUGUAACGAGUCCACUGACAAUGACGAAUUAGAAGAUGAAGCCGAAGAGCCGUUUUAUAGAUACUAUGUUGAAGAAGACAUCGGUAUUAAAAAAAGUGGUAGGAAAACUCUAAAACCUCGGAUGUCAAUAAAUGCUGAAGAAAGAGGCAGUUUAGAAAGCAUGAGGCCCCCUAACAACAGCAGUCCGGUACAAGAGGAUACUGAAAAUGCGUCCUGUGAGCUGUGUGGACUCACAAUAACCGAGGAGGACCUGUCAUCCCAUUACUUAGCCAAACACAUCGAAAACAUCUGUGCCUGUGGUAAAUGUGGCCAGAUCCUUGUUAAGGGCAGACAGCUUCAGGAACACGCUCAGCGAUGUGGAGAACCCCAAGAUCUGACAAUGAAUGGGUUAGGAAAUGCCGAAGAGAAAAUGGACAUGGAAGAGAAUCCUGAUGAGCAGUCAGAAAUAAGAGAUAUGUUUGUGGAAAUGUUGGACGAUUUCAGGGACAAUCAUUUCCAGAUAAACAGCAUCCAAAAAAAGCAGUUGUAUAAACAUUCUACCUGUCCUUUUCGGUGUCCUAAUUGUGGCCAGCGUUUUGAAACUGAAAACCUGGUGGUUGAACAUAUGUCUAGCUGCCUAGACCAGGAUGUGUUUAAGAGUGCCAUCAUGGAAGAAAACGAAAGAGAUCACAGACGAAAGCAUUUUUGUAAUCUGUGUGGGAAAGGAUUCUAUCAGCGGUGUCACUUAAGAGAACACUACACCGUUCAUACCAAGGAAAAACAGUUUGUCUGUCAGACAUGUGGAAAGCAGUUUUUAAGAGAGCGUCAGUUGCGACUGCACAAUGAUAUGCACAAAGGCAUGGCCAGGAUGUCUGCCCGCGGCCCGGCUAUCGGCAUCGACCUGGGCACCACCUACUCGUGCGUGGGGGUCUUCCAACAUGGCAAGGUGGAGAUCAUCGCCAACGACCAGGGCAACCGCACCACCCCGAGCUACGUGGCCUUCACCGACACCGAGCGCCUUAUCGGCGACGCCGCCAAGAACCAGGUGGCCAUGAACCCCACCAACACCAUCUUCGACGCCAAGAGGCUGAUCGGACGGAAGUUCGAGGACGCCACGGUGCAGUCGGACAUGAAACACUGGCCGUUUAGGGUGGUGAGCGAGGGAGGAAAGCCCAAAGUGCAGGUGGAGUACAAGGGAGAGAUCAAGACCUUCUUUCCGGAGGAGAUCUCCUCCAUGGUCCUCACUAAGAUGAAGGAGAUCGCCGAAGCCUACCUGGGGGGCAAGGUGCAGAGCGCGGUCAUCACGGUACCGGCCUAUUUCAAUGACUCGCAGCGCCAGGCCACUAAGGACGCGGGCACCAUCACGGGCCUCAACGUGCUGCGCAUCAUUAACGAGCCGACCGCGGCGGCCAUUGCUUACGGCCUGGACAAGAAGGGCUGCGCCGGCGGCGAGAAAAAUGUGCUUAUCUUUGACCUGGGCGGCGGCACCUUCGACGUGUCCAUCCUGACCAUCGAGGAUGGCAUCUUCGAAGUGAAGUCCACGGCCGGAGACACCCACCUGGGCGGCGAGGACUUCGACAACCGCAUGGUGAGCCACCUGGCGGAGGAGUUCAAGCGCAAGCACAAGAAGGACAUUGCGCCCAACAAGCGCGCUGUGCGGCGACUGCGCACCGCUUGCGAGCGCGCCAAGCGCACCUUGAGCUCGUCCACGCAGGCCAGCAUUGAGAUCGACUCGCUGUACGAGGGCGUGGACUUCUACACGUCCAUCACCCGCGCCCGCUUCGAGGAGCUUAACGCUGACCUGUUCCGCGGAACCCUGGAGCCGGUGGAGAAGGCGCUGCGUGACGCCAAGCUAGACAAAGGCCAGAUCCAGGAGAUUGUGCUGGUGGGCGGCUCCACCCGCAUCCCCAAGAUCCAGAAGCUGCUGCAGGAUUUCUUCAACGGCAAGGAGCUGAACAAGAGCAUCAACCCCGACGAGGCGGUGGCCUACGGAGCCGCGGUGCAAGCCGCCAUUCUCAUCGGGGACAAGUCAGAGAACGUGCAGGACCUGCUGCUGCUCGACGUGACCCCGUUGUCGCUGGGCAUUGAGACAGCUGGCGGCGUCAUGACCCCACUUAUCAAGAGGAACACCACGAUCCCUACCAAGCAGACGCAGACCUUCACCACCUACUCUGACAACCAAAGCAGCGUGCUGGUGCAGGUGUACGAGGGCGAACGGGCCAUGACCAAGGACAAUAACCUGCUGGGCAAGUUCGACCUGACCGGGAUACCCCCCGCGCCCCGCGGGGUCCCCCAGAUCGAGGUAACCUUCGACAUCGACGCCAACGGCAUCCUCAACGUCACCGCGGCAGACAAGAGCACUGGUAAAGAAAACAAAAUCACCAUUACCAACGACAAGGGUCGUCUGAGCAAGGACGACAUUGACCGGAUGGUGCAGGAAGCGGAGCGGUACAAGUCGGAAGAUGAGGCCAAUCGUGACCGGGUCGCCGCCAAAAACGCGGUGGAGUCCUAUACCUACAACAUCAAGCAGACAGUGGAAGACGAGAAACUGAAGGGCAAGAUUAGCGAGCAGGACAAAAACAAGAUCCUCGACAAGUGUCAGGAGGUGAUCAACUGGCUCGACCGAAACCAGAUGGCAGAGAAAGAUGAGUAUGAACACAAGCAGAAAGAGCUGGAAAGAGUGUGCAACCCCAUCAUCAGCAAACUUUACCAAGGCGGCGGCGGCGGCGGCGGCGGCGGUGGUGGCGGUUCUGGAGCCUCCGGGGGACCGACCAUCGAGGAAGUGGACUAAGCUUGCACUCGAGUCUGCGUAAACCUCUUUUUCCUUUCUCUCUUUUUUUUUUUCUUCCCCCCCCCCCCCUUGAAAUGCCUUUGUGCCAAGUCUGAGAUCAGUUGUUGGAAGUCUUUAGCCGGUGUAUGCAAUAUGAAAGGAAGAGUGCAACAACUUAGUUUAAUUAUAAAAGGUUUGUUCUACAGUUUGAUUUUUAAAACCAUUAUUUGAGGUUUCUCUUUAAUGCAUUUUGGAUGUUUGCUGAUUUGAGCAUUUUUGAGUAGCUUAGUUUGUGCAUGGAGAUUUAUUUGCGAUGGGAAACCUAAAGUUUGAACACAAGUUCUGCGGGAGCUCGGUAACAAUACAAUAUGCAGAAGCUUGAAUUGUUUAUUUUAGGUACUACUUUAAGAUUAAAAUGAACGUUUAGUAACGUUAAGGACAGGCAUACUUUUUGCAAACAAAUGCAUAAAUACAAAUUUAAAGUAAAGCUGAAAUUGAUCUCAAAA